AUGAAUAACAGACAAGGUCUGGCCAUCUCCCACUUACAGUAUGCUGAUGACACAUUGAUAUUUUGUGAUGCAGACAGCUCUCAACUAAAGUACUUGGGAGUAAUUCUGAUCCAUUUUGAAGCCAUCUCAGGCCUACACAUCAAUUGGAGAAAGAGCUUCAUCUUUCCUGUCAAUGAGGUGCCUAGGAUAAACAUGCUUGCAAAUAUUCUAGGGGGGAAGAUAGGGGAUCUUCCCACAACAUACCUUGGCAUGCCUUUGGGUGAAAAGAGCAGGUCAAAAGGUAUCUGGAACAACAUUCUAGAAAAGUGUGAGAAGAAGCUGGUGAAUUGGAAGAGUCAAUAUUUGUCCUUGGGAGGAAGAGUCACACUCAUCAACAGUGUGCUAGAUGCUCUACCCACAUAUAUGAUGUCUGUUUUCCAUAUGCCUGCAAAUGUGAUUGAUAGAAUGGAUGCAAUUAGGAGGAAUUUUUUGUGGCAAGGAAAUUUGGUUGGGUUAGAGCUGCUACGAUUACUCCAUGGCCAUGUGGGAGUGGUUGUUCUUGUUCUUGUUGAUGGGGUUGAAGGGGUGGAGGGCUUAGGGAUGCAAUCAUUAUUCCAUGGGUAUGUUGAGGAGGGGGUUGUUCUUGUUUUUUUGGGUACUGGUGGUGAUUCUUAG